GUUACAAUCGACCCCGUGGCGGAGAGGAGAAUGAUGAGGAAGUUUGAUAUGGUGGCAAUAGGAUUACUUGGUCUCUUUUACAUGAUGGCUAAUCUGGACCGGAGCAACAUUGGAAACGCCAACGUCGCGGGUCUCUCUGAUGAUCUCGGACUUGUCGGCAACCAGUUUGGCACAGCAGUCACUCUGCUUUAUGCCACUUACGUCCCUUUUGAGACGCCAGCUGCGGUUCUAAUGAAAAUCAUCGGACCAAAGAAACUCCUUUCUUUCUCGGCCUUUGCAUGGGGAGUGACCACUUUGGGAAUGGGUUUCAUUCACUCCUGGAAGGGACUAUAUGCUUGUCGUCUCCUCAUUGGUGCUUUCGAAGCAGGACUAAUGCCUUGCAUCAACGUUUACAUCGCCCUUACCUACAAGAAGUCCGAGCGCGCUAGACGAUCAUCCGUCAUUUUUGCCUUUUCAGCAAUUGCGAGCGCAUUCGGUGGCGUGCUCGCAUUUGGACUCACACAGAUCCACGGGCCCAGUGGCUUCUCCGGGUGGCGGUGGCUGUUCAUAGUUGAAGGAGCCUUGACGAUCAUACUGGUUCCGCUUUUCUUCUUUCUUUUCCCGGACAGUCCUGCAGAUGCAUGGUUUCUCAACUCGGAAGAGAAAGCUAUGGUUAGAUUGCGGUACGAGAUGGACCCACACUGGGGUGUUGACGAUGAGUUCAGUUGGAGUGAUGUCGCAAAGACUUUCAUUGAUCCUAAAUUCUAUGCUUUUGUUGUCUUCCAGUUCCCAGUGGAUAUCUCCCUCUAUGGGUUCACGACGUUCCUACCCUCCAUAAUUGAGGGCAUGGGGUAUACCUCUGUCCGCGCAAAUCUGCUCACGGUUCCUGUUUAUGCAUGGGGUCUGCUCUGGUUCUUAGGAGUGGGAUAUAUGUCUGAUCGCACGGGAAAUCGAGGAUACUGGAUCGGAGGACCGCUCCUUGCCCUGAUUAUCGGGUAUGCGAUUCUCAUCGGGGUGGAGACUGUCGGAGUUCGAUACUUCGCCUGCUUCAUUACCGUGAUGGGAAUCUAUCCGACUACCGGCAUGUCUCUGAUGUGGCUUAGCGACAACGUUGCCCGACAUUUCAAGCGAGCCACGAUGGUGGGUAUGACGCUCACGCUGGGAAAUACAGCCGGUGUCGCUGUUGGACAGAUAUUUACUUCGCAAUCUGGACCGAGGUAUAUCAAAGGGUUAUCGAUUAGUAUGGCACUGGCGGCUGUGGCCCUUUGCAGUGUUGCUAGCCUGAUGAUCGGAAUGACAGUUGCGAAUAGGAAGAGAGCAGAGAGGAUUCGACAAGCCGAGGAACAGGGAAAUCCGCUGCCUCAUCAGCCAGAGAAGGGAGAUAUGGAUCCUCAUUUUGUGUAUAGGAGGUGAUUCAUCACGAAAAACCCCAGUUCCAAUUACCAAUCCGCGGACCAGUCUUAGUGAC